AUGAGGUUGACAACGGUCACCCUACACUACCACUUGAUCAACCACUACCCAGCUCGCUUCAUCCCAGACAUGGCACGGAAGAUCCUCACGUCCGAACUGAUUCGGAUGAUGGAAAAGGAAGGCAAGAAGAUUGGGGUCAGCGUUGUGACUAAAACAGACACAUGGUAUCGCCCUCUGACCCCUGCUGGUUCUGUCUUGGAGAGCUUCUUCGAAGCUGUUAAAACGGAAAGCCUCCCUGCAGAUACUACCAAUAUCUUUCUACUAUUGAACAUGAAAAUUCGACAGACAAAUUACCACACUUCACUGCAGCUCUCCACAACAAGUUUGGCCAUUAUCUUGGAACCAAACACGUCUACGGACGAGAAUCGACCACUGCAGACCCUUCCACGGCCGAAUCCAGCAGGAACGAGCCCUCAUACAACAAGUCUGUCCCCACGGAGCCAUCUACGAGUGAUUCUUCGAAAGAUGGACCAGAGGGGGCGUCCUGAAACUCCACAUCUCUUGGAUUGUUACUUACUAAUCGAUGGAUGUCGGAAUGUAACAAAUGCUAACCGGAAGAAUCAAGAAUCGGGUCGAUACACAGCUGAAAUAUCACAUGGUCCAGCACAUAAAAGUGGAACUUCCCGCAAAUUUGAUGGCAUAGCGAUCGGGCAUGAGAUAAGGCGUUGCAAGAUUUUGGUACUUGAUUAUUACAUGCGGCAUUAG